CGCUGGCGUGCACACACCGGCAGACUCUGACAGCUUCCGUAUCUCUCUUCCUUCUCCAUCACUCCGUCUCUCAAUUCCUCCCUAAUCUCUUUGCAGGUGGAUUUUGGCCCACUGCUGUGUGGAACGCUGCAAAAUGUCUGACAAGCCCGACAUGACUGAGAUUGCCCGCUUUGACAAGACAAAGCUCAAGAAGACGGAGACAAAAGAAAAAAAUCCUCUGCCCACUAAAGAGACCAUUGAGCAGGAGAGGAAAGGCGACAUCACACCUUGACUUCUGAGCACAAAGAGACGGGAGGCCAAGAUGCCGCCACAAAAAGCACUUUGUUUUAAUUAUCACAGUAUUCGAAUCCCUCAUUUUGUCUUCUGAUAAGGGUGCUAUAGGGCUCCUUCUGGUGCUGUUAAAGUAUAUGGCAUCCUCACGGGAGCUCUCUAUCAUCGGGGUGGAAAACUUAAGCCUGGGUGCCUAUCUGGAACUGCUAGCCUUUAGCCACCAUGUCUCCUAUAUUGCCAAAGUGGGGAAUGGGGGUAGUGAUGAAGCAUAGAGAGACAGGAAGGCUUUCAGGCUAGGAGAGGGUGGAGUUGCCCAGAUACAAAGGGAUCAGCAAUCAGAUGCUAAUCAUGGGGGAUGUUUUCAUAUCAACUUUUUACUUUUAUUUAUCAAAUAAAUAUGAAUAAGUGG